AAAAAUAAUGGCUACAAAAACAAGAGAGACACUUACAUCAGAAGAAACAGAAGUGACACCACAAGAAGUAAUAUGGAACCAUAUUUGUGGUUUCCCUCCCCUUGCUCUUCUCAGAUGUGCCAUUGAGCUAGGCAUACCCGAUAUUCUCGAAAAGCAUGAAUCCCCGAUAACACUUGCUGACCUAGCGUCGGAGAUAGGGUGUUCACGCUCUUCAUUGCAUCGGGUCAUGAGGUUCUUGAUCCACUAUAAAGUGUUUCAAGAAAAGCCAAUAUCCGAAACAUUUGUCGGAUACAUUCAAAGCCCGGUAUCUAGACUCCUAACUAGACAUGGAAAGCAUAGCAUGGCUGACUUGGUGCUUUUGGUAAGCAAUCCAGAAAUGUUGGCUCCAUGGGGCAAGUUAAGUGGUUGGGUGUUGGAUAACAAAGAAUUACCAUUUAAGGCCGCUUACGGAAAAGAUUUAUGGGAAUUUAUUGCUGCGAAUCCUGAUCAAAGUAAGUUGUUCAACGAUGGAUUGGCGUGUGAUGCUCGACUUACUAUGGCAGCGGUGUUGGAGGGUUGUCCACAGGUGUUUGAGGGGCUGGGGACAUUGGUGGAUGUUGGUGGCAACAUUGGGACGGCUAUAGGGUUGAUUGUCGAGGCAUGUCCGUGGAUCAACGGGGUUAAUUUCGACCUCCCUCAUGUGGUGUCUUCGGCUCCGGCUUGUAGAGGUGUUGAACAUCUUGGAGGCAAUAUGUUUGAUCAUAUUCCCAAAGCUGAUGCAGUUUAUAUGAUGUUUUUGGAUGUUGUAGAAAAUCUGCAUGAUUGGGCGGACGAGGAAUGCAUUGCGAUACUAAGAAAAUGUCGAGAGGCUAUUCCACAAGAUAACGGGAAGGUGAUUAUUGUUGAUAUUGUAUUAGAACGCGAAGAAGAUCACAGGUUCAAAGGGGUGCGAUUGGUGUCUGAUUUGACUAUGAUGACUUAUACUAACAAAGGAAAAGAGCGGACGUUAGCAGAAUGGUCGUAUGUGUUUCAUGAGGCUGGAUUCACUCGCUACACUAUAAAACAUAUUCAAGCACCACAAUCUGUUAUUGAAGUGUAUCCUUGAAUGUAUCUUGGUUUUUACUCGGUGGGUUUACUAUUUGUGUUUGAAUAAUGUAUUGUUGUUUUUCUUUGUUUAUCAAUUGCAAUGUUGUUUUAUUCUAAAAUAAAUUAAGGGACCUAAUUAUCCCACACCCCAAAAUCUUAUUUUCA